AUGCAAUUAAUCAAAUCAUUCAUAUUGGCACCUAAACAAGAAUAUAAUAGACAUGAAGCCUAGUUCAUUCAAAGGUUUAUGAAGAUACUCGAAGAGGAACUCAUUGUUUAGCAUUCCAACAAAUAAUCUAUUUAAAGAGAAAAUUGCAACAACAAAAUACCCUCGAUUGUGAAUCAUCGAUUAAGAUCCUACAGUACUAAUGUCUAGAGUACUAGUAAAUUAAAUGAUUAACUUCAUAUAUCCUAAAUCGAAAAGACCAAAAAAUCGAAAAUAGAGUUGCUACCAAAAUUAUCCAUUAGAUAGUUUGAAUUUAAGGACAUUGAAAAGCCGUACAGGAAAAGAAAAUUAAUCUAAAGUAAAAAGAAUAUAAAAUAAUGA